AUGGCCACCGCCUACCAAUACUCCUUGUUCCCAGACACGAACUCGAUCCGCCUCAUAUUUCUCGACGAGGCUGCGAAUAUCGACGACUGCCUUCGCUGUCACUUGAAGAUCAUUAGCCUGGAUGAUGACGAGUUGCCUGAGUUCGAAGCUAUAUCUUACGCUUGGGGCGACCCGAUAUUCUCGCACCAGCUACUUAUCGAUGGGCAGCGGCUUGAUAUCACUCUCAGUUUGUUCAGCGCCCUGCAACGAAUGCGUCUCCCUACCGCAGUCCGAGUUUUAUGGGCAGACGCCGUGUGUGUCAACCAAAGAGAUAUCUCUGAGCGAUCGCAGCAAGUGCAGUUAAUGCGGAAGAUUUAUCAAGGUGCUAGUCGAGUUUUGGUAUGGCUUGGCCCUAGCGGCCUCGAGGUACCAUUUGCUAUGAAUUUGAUCGAGAAGAUAAAUGCUCUUUUUGACAAAGAGAUUGCUCAUAAUGUUGACAUCAAGCCUGAGACUGUGUCAGCCGAACAAAAUGCGAUGUGGGGAUUGCCUACCUUUGACUCUCUCAAUUGGUCCAGUCUUGUUCUUCUUUUUAGUCGGUCUUAUUUCACCAGGGCGUGGAUCGUUCAAGAAAUCCGGCUCUCUCGCUCAACUUUGGCUUUCUGUGGCGAAUAUGAGAUGGUAUGGAAUAGCAUAGUGAAAGCAUGCUAUUGGUUGAUCACCAAAUCUUACCAGCUCGUCUUGCCAGAAGAAAGUACGCGAGGGAUGUUCCAACCGCUCAUUGUCGGGAUGACAAACCAUACAGAGGAUUCGAUCAAAAGUUUAUUGUUUAGUAUGAACUAUCAAAAUGCGACUGAUCCUAAAGAUAAGGUAUUUUCCAUUCUCGGAUUGGCAGCUGAAGCUAUUGAAUCAAAAGAUACGAGGCUGCUCCCAGAUUAUUCCAAGUCCACGAUUCAGGUUUAUCGUGAUAUAAUCCACUAUAUGAUUGAAACUCACCCGGAUCUUGACAUAUUGUCUUUGGCGAGCAUUUGCCCUGAUCCCGGCCAGACUUUGACGGAUGAGACUGUUAACUUUCCGUCAUGGGUUGCCCGUCCUGACCUUGAAACUCCGUUGGUUACUUUUCCAAAAGUCUCUCACAAAACUUCCAGCAACGUUCCUCCAUUCCUCCUCCCAUCCUUGGAUGAGGAUGCUUUGAUUCUUCGCGGCAUAUGCUUUGACUCCUUGGCAAGCGACAGGAGACAAGGUCUUCAAAGCAUACAAGAUUCAGAAAUGUUUGAAACCAUGUGGAAUAAUAUCGCCCAUGAAGCGAUUGCUUAUUCUCAAGGAAAAGAUCGCCUCUGGGCCCUCUAUGUGACCCUAAUGGGAGGCCGAACAGUUACCUCCGAGUAUGCUGCCAACACUGCCAGCUACCUGGCGGAUAUUUGGGCAUACCGAAAGGAACUAUUUGAAGAAGCAAAAAUGAGAAGGAGGACGCCAUCCAACAGGAUAGAACUAUGGGGCGAAGAGCUUCAUGCGUCCGAUCAAACAGGAAGCGCCACUAGAUUUAAAAAUUCCAUGACGCGCCUGUCUGGCAAUAAUGUACUGUUUACUACAGCGAAAGGAUACAUCGGUCAAGGACCUCCUUGGAUGUACGAUGGAGACAUCAUCUGCAUACUUUUCGGCGGCAACGUACCCUAUGUAUUAAGGCCCGAGGGCAGCCACUGGCGAUUUAUUGGAGACUGCUAUGUUUAUGGUAUCAUGCAAGGCGAGGGAUUGAAAGAUUUCAACGGGGACUUCUCUCAGACCGAGAUAUUUGAGAUACGAUGA